GGCCGAGUUUGGUGCGUGAGAUUAAUCAAUACGAAAUGCCGAUUGAAUGUUAAACCGAACUUCAUCCCGCCUUAGUUCUUUACCGACUGCAAAUCCGUUACUUCCGUACUAACAAAUCUGCCGCAUAUCAGUCGAUACCCGUAGCUCGUAGUUUUGUUCUGUGACGUGAUCAGCACGCCUUCCGUCCCCCGCUAGGCUCACGGCAACACACCGGGGCCCCCGCGUAGCCUAGCCCUCGGACACUCGGUCCAGUUGAAAGAGUGGCUUAUUUUGAUUCUCGGGACAAACUCAUAAAAGUGUCGGUAGUGUCCAGUGUUCGAGACAUAGACACAGUCGUCUGGCGUCGCAAGCACCUAGUGAUGAGUGAACAGGAUGUGGACGACGUUGCGUUCCUGACAGGUGAUAGCCAAACUGGGAUCCACAAACGCAGUGUCUACGAACACAAUGGAGUUGCAGUCUGUUCCCAGAAGAGAGCACUAUGUAUCGCUACUGUUGUCAUGGCAAUACUCUUCACCAUAUCCCUCAUCAUCGCCUAUGCUGGGCCACAAGCAGAGUGCCCUUGUGCCGGUGAGAAGCCAGCAUCAUUGGAUGGAGAGGAUGAGGAAGGGGUCAGAAACGUGAUCCCAAUAGCGACCAAUGGGGAGAUUUUCCCCUGGAACAACCCAAGGCUGCCGACUUUUGCCAGACCUACAAGAUACCACAUGCAUAUCCAUCCCAACUUAACCACACUGGAUGUAAAAGGUCAAGUCACAAUCGACUUUAAUGUUGAGAAAGACACUUUUUUCAUUGUGCUACAUUCAAAAAACCUCACUAUUACUGACAAAAUGGUGACUACAGACCGUAAAACGAACAGGCUGCAGAUAGCAAGGUUUCUGGAGUAUCCAAACGGCCAACAACUGUACCUGGAGAUGAAGGAGAAGUUUCGAAGACGAGUGAACUAUACACUGAUCAUGAGGUUUGCCACUCGACUCAGCAGGGAACUUGAAGGAUUCUAUCUCAGCAGCUAUACUACCAAGGAUGGAGAACGGAGAUAUCUCGCAACAACCCACUUUGAACCAACCUACGCUCGCACAGCUUUUCCUUGCUUUGAUGAGCCACAGUUCAAAGCACGUUUCAAGAUGUCCAUAUUUAGAGACAGAUUCCACAUAUCUCUUUUCAAUAUGCCAAUCAUAAACACAGAAGAUGCUGGCUUCUACAUGGGAACAGGAUUGUUAAGAGAUGACUUCCAAGAGUCAGUGGAGAUGAGCACAUACUUAGUGGCGUUUGUUGUGUGUGACUACAAGCAUAUCAGUGGCCGGACAAGCAGAGAUGUAUCCGUGUCCGUUUAUGCUCCCCCAGACUUGAUCCCUCAGGCAAAGUUUGCACUGGACACAGCCGUCAGUAUGAUGGAUCACUAUGAGGACUUCUUCGGCGUGGAUUAUCCACUUCCCAAACAAGACCUGAUAGCAAUACCAGAUUUUGGGGUUGGAGCAAUGGAAAACUGGGGUCUCAUAACAUAUCGUGAGACCUCUAUCUUGUACGAUCCCAAUGAGACGUCAGCAGCAGCUCAUCAGUGGGUGGCUGUCGUGGUGGCACACGAACUGUCACACCAGUGGUUCGGGAACUUGGUGACAAUGCGUUGGUGGAACGAUUUGUGGCUGAACGAGGGGUUUGCCAGUUUCUUGGAGUACUUGGGUGUGGACCAUGUCAUGCCUGGUUGGAAUAUGAUGGAGCAGUUUGUACUGGAGAAGACCCAACCCGGAUUGAACCUGGAUGCCCUCACCUCCAGUCACCCCAUAUCUGUGUCUGUUCAUGAUCCCACGGAGAUCGAGGCUAUCUUCGAUACAAUCUCAUACAGUAAAGGUGCAGCGCUGUUAUACAUGCUGGAGAAGUUCUUGGGUCAAGACACGUUCCGUAGUGGCCUCAACGAUUAUUUGAAUAUUCACAAAUAUGGCAAUGCAGACACAAAGGAUUUAUGGACAGUACUGAGCAAACAUGCCAAUAACUCUAUACAAGUCAAAACAAUAAUGGACACAUGGACAAGGCAAAUGGGAUUCCCAUUGAUAUCUAUCGGGCGUGAGGGAAGUUCUGUGUACGCCAAUCAGAGCCGCUUCCUACUGACACCUGAUCCCUACAACGACAGCUCGGCGGCUUUGGAUAUGCCCCGCUCGCAGUUUGCCUACAAGUGGUACGUGCCACUCAGCUACUACACGGACCUCAGCGAUGUCGAAGAGACCGUAUGGAUGAACAUGACUGACAUUAAAUUUGAAGUGGAUCCGAACAUCGAGUGGCUGAAAGCCAAUGUGAACCAGUCUGGGUUCUAUCGGGUGACCUAUGAAGAUGAGAUGUGGCAGGAUCUGAUCACGGCCCUCAAGUUGAACCAUACAGCCUUCAGCCCAGCUGACCGAGCCAGCCUCAUAGAUGAUGCAUUCACCCUCUGCAGAGCUGGCCUACUGAACGUGACAAUAGCAAUGGACUUGUCCCUGUACCUACUACGGGAGCGGGAUUACGUGCCUUGGGCCACUGCACUGGAACACUUCCAGGCCUGGAGCCGGUACCUGUCUGAGGCGGCUCCGUACCGGCUAUUUCUACGGUAUAUGAAACAUCUACUGGGGCCCGUUGCUCAUUCACUUGGCUGGGAUGACUCUGGCACACACAUGAACAAGUUGAUGCGUUCAGACAUCCUAGCAUCGGCAGUUCUGUGUGAUGUGGAGGAGACUGUGAAGGAAGCAAGGGCUAGAUUCCAUGCCUGGAUGACCAAAGGCGCAAGAAUUCCUCCCAACCUCAGAGAGGUUGUGUAUUCAGCAGGAAUAAAAUAUGGAGGUGUAAAGGAAUGGCAGUUCUGUUGGUCAAAAUACAAUAAUAGCGGAGUCCCUAGUGAGCGUAAACUGCUCCUCAGAGUCAUGGGAGUGGCCUCAGACCCGUGGAUCUUACAAAGGUACCUGCUUGCUACUCUGGACAGGGACAAGGUGAGACCACAGGAUGUGAAGAUUGUCAUAGCAACAGUUGCCUCCAACCCUGAGGGUCGACUUUUGGCUUGGAGGCAUCUGAAGGCUCACUGGACCACUCUUCAGGGUCUCUUCGGCAACGCCACAUUCACCAUGGGCAGUCUUAUCUCCACAGUCACCUCUCACUUCUCAUCUCAGUUUGACUACAAAGAGGUGGCCAAGUUCUUCCGUCAUCUGAAUGUGGGAUCAGGAAGUCGCUCUCUGGAACAGAGUCUUGAGACCAUCCAGCUGAACAUUCACUGGGUGCGACGGAACGAGGAACCACUUUUCCAGUGGCUAACAGGCUACCUGGAAAGAUAGUUCCGAUACACCAAGCAGUUUGCCAGGGUCACUCUGUCCUGUGGCGACUCUCAGGUCAUGCCUCUUUGUCUCUAAUCUCUGUGAUCUCCCCAUCCCCUGUAUUAUACCGUACUUUCCAGUUGUUGAAAAGCCAUCUGGAAAGAUAACAACUGACCAGUUGGCCCGUGUCACUCUAUAUGGUGCCUCCUACGUUAUACCUAACUGUUCGUAGUUUUGUGACUGAUCGCCCUCAGUACUAUACCGUACCUUCCAGUGAUAUGUGCUUCCUGGAGAGAUAGUGAAAUUACACAAACUUUUUGGGUAGUGUCUCCAGGUCUUAUCCCUCUGUCUGUUGUUAUCAUGAGCCCCACUUCCUGACCUCUUCUACACCAUACCGACCAGUGCCGCAGGUUAGCUGAAGAGAUUGAUGUAGUCCAAUAUACCUCGAUAAACUUCCUUACAUACCUUUAGUUACUGUUAAAGUAACUCAAGAGACCUAUUGACAUAUAUCAAACAAUAAUUGUUAUUUCUAUGUUCUUUCAGGAAUAAUUCUUUUUCUAUAAUCUCACUGUGUUGUACCUUGUUUAUAACGAUUCACUGACUCAGUAGUUAUCCUGUUUCCAAUGACCUAAGAACAUUUCGUAAAUCAUGACCAGAUUUAUGUUGAAUAAAUAAUAUUGUAGUUGUCAAUUUUGUUUUAAUGGUUCUGAAAAAAAUGUUAUUCCAAUGUUUGCCUAAUUACCUUUUAUGGAAGUACGACAACAACACUCUUGAAAUACCUAAAGUAAAGCUCAGAGUAAUUUAAAAAAUUCAUGGAUUGCUCAAAGUUUGUUUGUUACUCUAAACAUUGAAAUGUUGUAAUUUGAAUUUAAAUUGAAAUAUGCCAAACUUCUCUUCCCUGUUGAUACUUUCAAGUUUGUUUUGUCAAGUGUAAUAGUCAACAGUUUCUUAGCUACUUUGAUACAAUUCAUAUAGUAGUUAUUGUCGUACUUUUUGUUUUCCAACAAACUCAUGUUUUAACUGUUGGGUUUUUUUGUGAAACAUACUAAAAAUAUUUUAUUGAAAUGCUCCAUUUUCUAGAUAAUUUAGAGAUUUCUAUUAAUGUUUUUCAUCAUAUUUUGAAACUUGCACUAUUAUUUUUUCAGAGAUUGCUGAUAAAGGUAUUACAAAUCAAAAGUACAUCACAUGUCACUUAAACUGUAUUUAGAUUGUAUCUAUUACCAGCCGUUCAUGAUUAUUUAAUAUAUCGUCAAUAAAAAUAUUCUGAUUAAUUUUUUAAAUAAGAUACAUUUUUAAAGUUUCUUAUCAUAGUGUCUGGCCAUAGUUGUUUAAUUGGGGAGGUAUUUCUCAUACAAACAAAUCAUGUAGUAGUACUCAUUAAAAAUAUGUAUUUUGCCUAAUAAUUAGUUUUAUAUUUAGUUGUAUAACUAGAAUAGUAUUCUUGGGUUGUAUUUAAGACUUUUUUUGUUUGAUAUGAUAUAUCUAUUUCAUUGAAUACAUGAAAUUUGUUCUCUAGUGUAGAAUAUGAAAGUGCCAAUUUAAGAGAUAAUAUAACAAAGUAUUGUAAUAUUUUAAUUUGAAAGAUAAGUAUGCAUGUGUAUUUAGAAGGUGUGUGUAUGUGUGUAUAUAUUUUAUCCAAAAAAGUAUUCAGUCACACAUUUUAAAAUUGUUUGUUAAUAAUAAAUUAACUACUUUCUCCAAAAUAGUUAAAUAGAUAAUAAAACGAAAUACUCAAAGUAAUCAAUAAAUAUUUAACAAAACAAUUAUGUGAUUGGUUGAAAUUUACUUGAUAUUAUUAUUACAGUACAGUAUUGCAAAACUCAAAAGUAUACACAUACACAAAUGCUGUAACACAAAAUUAAAAUGUAAUAUAAUAAAUAAUGAUAGGCACCGUAAUGUUAUAUAUUUUAAAGUUGAAUAAUGUUAGUAAUUUACUGUGACUUAAUUUAAUACUAUUUUGAAAGAAAUAAUUGUGU